CAAUUUGAUACUCGACAUGCUGUACCUCUGAACCAAACCAGGCCAAAUUCCAUAAACCAUCCUACAUCUUCUUCACAAAGAGCCACCUUGACACCCUCGCGACCGCCGUACCAAUCUGCACGGAGAACACAACACUUCUCGGGGAACGCGAUCUGCCCGCCACGGAUGCGAUCCGACAUAACAACCACCCGCAUGAUCGACUGGGAAAAACUGCAAGUCGUCUAUUGAUGAUCGUGUCGCCAACGUUAGUCCGUACGCAAUAACGACGAAGAGACCAAAUCCUACAAUAUCUCCCCCCGGGCUGCCCCCUUUCAGAGGCUCAUCGCCUGGUGUAACGACACGAAAAACACAAAAGUCAUGGCUCCGCGAAAAUCUACAUCCUCAACCACGGCGCCCGGCGAGGCCAACGGCGAUGUCUCCAUGGUAUCGAACGCUUCCACGACACACGCACAUCCCGCCUCCGCCGCCGCCUCACAUUCCAAACCGUCACGACAGUCUGGUGGACACAAGCAGCAAGAUGACGGAGUUAGCAUAGACGAUCUCCUUCUGCCACGAAGUCUCGUGACACGGCUCGCCCGAGGCGUGUUGCCGGCCAACACGUCGAUCCAGAAAGACGCGACGCUGGCGCUGGCCAAGUCGGCCACGGUCUUCAUAUCGUACCUGGCGCACCACGCGAACGAGCAGACGAACAAGAAGACGAUAAGCCCCCAGGACGUGAUCAAGGCUCUGGAACAGAUCGAGAUGGGCGGCAUCAUGGAGUUGGGAGCGGUCGGGCAAGACGGCAGACUGGGCGGCAGGCUGGAGAGGGAACUCGAGGCGUACGAGGAACACAUCAGAGGGAAGAGGAAAGGGUACCGUGACAAAGUCAAGGCCCGGGAGAGCGCCGGGGGCGCUGCCGAAGAGGGAAAUCCAGCGGCAGCCGCCCAGACUGACGACGCCGAAGUCGAAACCGCCGAGAGGGGUGAACCCAGCAACAAGAAAGCGAGACGAUUGAGCGAGGACGAGAACGAAGAUGACGAUGAGCGUAUGCUAGAGGCACAACUCAAUGGCUCCAACGCCGUGGACGAGGCGAAUGGGCACGGCGAAGGGCAAGAAGAGGAGGAGGAGGCCGACGAAGACGACGAGCAGGAGGAGGAGGAGGAGGAUGAGGAAGAGGAAGAGGAGGAAGAAAACGACGGCGAGGAAGAUCAGGAUGAACAAGACGAAGAGGGCGAAACUGACGCGGACGAAUCAGAGGGUAGACGAGACCGGGGAAACAAUCCAGAUACGAGAAGGGUAGGACUCAUGCCUGACGGGAACGUGGACAUGAGCGGUGAAGAGAGCGAUUGAACAGAAAAGGGGAACUUUUACGAAAUAAAAAAUUCAUCACGAUGUGUAUGCCGCUUGUUGUAUAGACAUGGAUCGACAUGGACGGGCGUUAGUUUUUGGGGGGAGUACAAGUGUAGUUGUG